AUGAUAUGGCGUGGUCGUUUAUUAAAUAUAUAUCCAUCAUUAUUACCAACAUUUUUUCAUAGUAGUUUACCAAUUCGUGAUGUAUUACAGGCUGGUGUUCGUAUAAUUAGUGUUAGAAUUCAUUUUAUUGAUGAAUUCAAUACAGAUAAUGAUAGAUCAAUAAUUGCCAAAGUAACUGUUUCAGUGAGAUCGAUCGAAACUGGAAUUCAAUUAGAAUAUUGCAUACGUCUACGUGAACAACAGUUGUAUUCAAAAGCACUUGAUAUCGUUGCAUCAAAAAAGAUUGGUUAUCAAUGA